CUUGGUGGCAAGUGCAAGUGUAGUAUAAGAAAGAAUCAGUUAUUAAUUAACAAGAUGAAUACCUUGACUUUAGUAAUGAUAAUGAGUUUCUGUUGGAUGAGCACGUGGGCAAAAACAGAAAUGAAUGGGCUAAAUGAUUCAGAAGUAAGCCCACACUUGGGAAAUAACCCUGAAGACAUUCAUGUUAGAAACAAAAGGACUCUGUUUUUAAAGAAAAAACUCUUAGGUGCUGGACUGCUUGGAUUUGGCCUUGGAAUUGCUAAAGGUUAUAAAGUUGGACACCAGCAUUCGCCCGAUAUCCAUCAUGUGUAUGUUGCUGCUCCACCACCGCCUGUUAGGUACGUGGAAUAUGUUGAAAAACCAGUAUUUAUCGAGAGAAUAGUGGAAAGACCGGUAGAGAAGUCCCACAUCAUACAUGAUGGACCCUGGUCACAACCCGAGCCAUCACCCGUUUACGGAUACCCAUAAUUUGUUAUUUAAAUCUAAUUAAUUCCUUUAUGAUAUUUUUUUUCAUUUUUACGAUAGAAUAUAUUAAAUAAGAGUGUUAUCACUUCUUAUCACUUCCUUUGUUGACA